UUCGCAAUGCAAGGCUAGCCUUUCAGGUAGAAACUUCUUCAGGGACAAGAAAUUACAAUUAAGCAUCAUUCACUUUAGAAUGCUGUUAGUUGAAGCACCAGACUUUCAACCAUCGGAUUCUGAGGCUUGGAAAUCUGAAACUAGCUUCUCCGUCCAAGCACAAUUAAGUCUGCUUCUCCGGACUAUACGUGAGAUGUACAGGCCUGUCACGAGAAGUUUUCUCGUGUGAAAAUUUUGCCUAACAGUACGCUUGACCACCUAAACAUCAUGGCAUCUAAACAAGCAGACAGGGCAUUCGAGGCACCAACAGCCACGUCCAUUGACAUAGAGGGCAGCGUGUUGUUGUCUCUCAUUAGACACACAUCGGAAAACUACCCACAGCUCUAUUCCGGAUCUCUUUUGGGGUUUGAGGAUGACAGUGGUGCCGUUGACGUUACCCACGCGUACCCUUUCCCAUAUCCAGACCAAUAUGAGGGAGGCUCUUUGCGCUCAAGAGGUGGUGCCAAGUACCAACAAGAAAUCUUGGAUGCGUUGGUUUCUUUGGGCCAUGGUGUCGAGUUCCAGGGCUGGUUCCAGUCCACAAUCUCCGGUAACUUCAUCACCUCGCAGUUGGUGGAGGCUUUGGCCCAGCAGCAACAGGUCAACAAAAACGCUUUCAUCUUGAUCCACAACAUGGCCUCGAUUGGCAAAGAGGUGGAGGUCAAGGCCUUGAGGUUAUCCGAGAACUUUCUUGCCACGUACCUGAAGGGCAAGUGGAAGACCAGAGACUUGGAGAACAACAAGUUGUCUUUCUUCAAUAUCUUCGACGAGAUCACCAUCAACAUCCACAACCAACAUUUGGUCAACAUGUACUUGGCCCAAAGCGACGAGACGUCCACGUUGGGUGAGUCCGAGAACUUGACUUUCAACUCGAACUCCAACAUGACCACCCAGUUGUUGGAGAACUUGUGCAGCCAAAUCGACUCCUACAACUUCGAUCAAACAAACUUCAACUACUACCAGAGGCAAUUACAAAAGGAGCACACCAAGAUUCUCCAGUGGAAGCAGAACAGAAAGGCUGAGAACGACGAGAGAGCCAAGAUCGGCGAGCCCGAGUUGGACCCUGAGGAGUGGCAAACCAUUUUCAAGGGACCAAAUGGUCCUUCGAGAUUAAACAACACUUUGUACUCGAGAUCCAUCGACGAGUUUGCGGACGACAUUUUGAAGCAGUGCGACGAGGAGUUGCUCAAGAGCUUUGCUAUCGAAAGAAAGCUCACUGCUCAAAACUAGACUGGGGGACGAGGCCAUUGAUAUUGUAUUCAUAGGUUGAUUAAUAAUUACGUGAUAUAUCAUAUGUUAAUUUUUUUUUGUUUUGCUUCCCUAUUAUCCUA